AUGACCUCAAGGGGACAGUAUGUCAUCACUUGCGACCUUUGUGAUAAACCUACCAAGCAAUUCUGUCAAGUCAGUUUAUGUGUGGAUUGUGUAAGUAACCAUGUGGACAAGCACCAGUCUCUCACACACGACAUUGUUCCGUUCAAGUCCAGAAAGAUACAGCUAGUGUUUCCUGAGUGUGAAUUCCAUCCCCACCAGAGAUGCGAGGCCCAUUGUCAGCAGUGUGAUGUUCCAGUGUGUAUCAAAUGUUUUCUAAGCAAUCAUAAGGGUCAUAAUGCGAUUGAAUUAUCAAAAAUAGUGGUGAACAAAAUGAGAGAUAUUGAAACCGAAACAGAGGAAAUUGAGAUCGUUAUCCUUCCAAGAUACAUGAAAGUUGAAGCUGAAACCAAAGUUAAAGCUUCCGAGUGUUCUGCAAGAUAUAAUGAGCUGGAACAGAACACACAGAGGUACAGGGAAUUAUGGCACAAGAAUGUGGACAUUAUUUUCAACAACCUUAGCUCUUCCAUUAAUUCAAAGAAGAAUGAUAUGCUUACCAGUCUAAACAACCAUCAAACUUUACUUUCAUCUUUGAUCCUUGAAAUUCAGAAAACAAUCGAACGAAACAAAGAAAUUUUAAAGACGAACAAAGUGUCCCAAGUCAUCAACUACGAAUCCAAACUUAAGGAAUAUAGGUCAACCCCUUCUGAUAUUAAUAUCAAAAUUCCCUCCCUUGAGACGAACACAAUUCCAGGAGUUGAACUAAAUAUAGAGCUAGAAGAGUACAGGGCUAUAUUAACGCAAACGUCAAUUUCCAGUCAGAUAGAAGAAGCCAAUUAUUAUUCCACGAGAGAGCUACUGGAUAAAGCUAGAGUUGUUGCAACCAUUCCUACCGCAGUAAAGCCAAUAUGGAGAGUAGCGUGUGUAGGUGAUAAUGCUGCUUGGGUUAGUGGAGAUGACAUAUUAAUGAGACUUGUUGACAUACAUGGGUUUGUGCAGGAUAUUGUCAAGACUACUUCUAUGGAGAAACCUAGUGACAUCACAGUGAGUAGACAAGGUCGUUUGGUGUACAGUGAUGCUAAAAAUAAGACCGUGAAUAUUGUCAGAUAUGGACAAACAGAAGUAAUGCUUACUAUACCGAAAGGAUGGAAACCAAGAAGUCUGUGUUGUACCAGAUUAGGUGAUAUUCUGGUCAACCUGUAUAAUGGGGGCCAAAACAAAAUCGUCCGUUACCAGGGAAAAACUCUGAAACAGGAAAUAUAUAAAGAUGAUAAUAAUAAAGAUAUUUUCAAAACUGGUGAAUAUAGGCUGUGCAUAGCAGAAAACAAUAAUGGAGAUAUUUGCGCCUCUGAUCUUAAUGCAGACAUUGUGAUUGGAUUGAAUUAA